AUGGUCGUUUUACUGGCGGCGAUGAUGGUGGUGAAGGCUUCGCAGGACUAUGGGGAUGCAUUGACGAAAAGCAUAUUGUUCUUUGAGGGCCAGAGGUCAGGAAAGCUACCCUCUCGUCAGAGAAUGACUUGGAGGAGAGAUUCUGCACUUCAGGAUGGACUUCAGAUUGGUGUUGAUUUGGUAGGGGGUUACUACGAUGCCGGUGACAAUGUGAAGUUCAACUUUCCGAUGGCUUUCUCGACAACAAUGCUGGCAUGGAGCGUGUUAGAGUUCGGGAAGGACAUGGGUGCAGACCUACCCCGUGCACUUGAUGCCAUUCGAUGGGGAACGGACUACUUCCUCAAAGCCACAAGCAUUCCUGGCUUUGUGUUUGCCCAAGUUGGUGAACCUUACGGCGACCACAAUUGUUGGGAGAGGCCUGAGGACAUGGACACCCCAAGAAACCCCUAUGCAGUUAGCAAACAGUUCCCAGGUUCUGAAGUCUCGGCAGAGAUUGCAGCUGCCCUAGCAGCCUCUUCCAUGGUUUUUAAGCAUGUUGAUUUGGAAUACUCUGCAAGGCUUCUCAAAAGGGCUAGAAUGGUGUUUGAGUUUGCAGAAACAUACCGGGGCUCCUAUAAUGAUGCUCUUGGACCAUGGGUUUGUCCAUUUUACUGUGAUUUUAGUGGCUAUGAGGACGAAUUGAUUUGGGGAGCAACAUGGUUGUUUAAGGCAACUACGGACCCUACAUACUCGAACUAUGUCGUAGAAAACGUACACGAGCUGGAAAAAUCUGUCAUGAGAAAUGUAAAUGGUUUACCAUAUUCUUCUGUAGGUGGAAGCUUUGCCCAAUUUGGAUGGGAUUCAAAGCACGCAGGCAUCAAUGUACUGGCUUCCAAGUUGUUCAUGUCUAGCAUCGAUAUCGGUUCUAGUCCUUUCAUUCACAAUUCCGACAAGUUCAUAUGCAGUUUGUUACCUGAAUCGCCAACCAUAUCAGUCUCAUAUUCUCCAGGUGGGCUUUUAUUUAAACCUGGAGGAAGUAAUCUGCAGCAUGCAACAACUCUGUCAUUUCUCUUGGUUGUUUAUUCUCGUUAUCUGAAGCAAGCCAAUAGAGUAGUUUACUGUAACAAUGUUGUUGCCAGUCCAGCUAGACUUGUUCAAGUUGCAAAAGGCCAGGUGGAUUACAUACUAGGAAGUAACCCAUUGAACAUGUCAUAUACGGUCGGGUAUGGCAAAAAGUUUCCUCAGAGAAUUCAUCAUCGGGGGUCAUCGUUACCGUCGGUUGGUCAACACCCUCAACAGAUUGGUUGCAAAGACGGAAGCGUUUACUUUGACAGCAGUAACCCAAAUCCUAAUAUGCUAACUGGGGCUGUUGUUGGAGGACCAGAUAUAAAGGAUUCAUAUGAAGAUUCUCGAGUGGAUUUUGUGCAGUCCGAGUUGUAG